ACCCUUUGGUCCGCAGGCCGAGGCUCUGUCACCGAGCCAAACCGGCUCCCCCGGUAACUGUUACUGAGGUGUAGCACACUUUCACCCGGGACCGUGAUGACAUUAUCUUUUUGUGUGAGGUUUAAAUAUCCCUUUUGUAGUGUCUAGCCUGUUUUCUGUUGUGCCGGGCCGCAGGGGCUCUGGUGGAGUUGAGAAUUUUUAAAACUCAGUCGUGGCAAUACUGUAUUUCACAAGGGCUUUGCUGCUCAAAUCCUAUAUAUUAAGAGGCUAAUAUGCAAGUUGUCCCCUGGACCAGGAGUUGGACCAGGGGGUGGGGCCGGCAGGUCAGCCUCCCGGGUCCCCUCCCCAGGGUUGGCCCAGCCCCAUUGGCCCCAUCGGGGUGGGCCAGCUGGACCCGCCUGGGCACGAAUUCGUGCACCGAGCCUCUAGUCUCGUAAUAAUUCUAUGAAGAAUGUCCCCGUUCCUUAGAUGACAGAAACUUAAGCUAGGUGACUUGCCCAAGGCCACAGAGACAGGAGAACAGGAACACAAACUCAGAUCUUCACGACGGAACUUUUUGUGCUAAGUAGGAGUUACCUGAGAACCUUAAUCUUUGUACACCCUGAGCCUCAUUUGUUUUCUUGAGAACUUCUGUGUUGAGGUUAUUUAACAUAAAAGAUGACAACUGCAGCUCGGCCAACUUUUGAACCUGCGAGAGGCGGGAGAGGAAAAGGAGAAGGUGACUUGAGCCAACUCUCAAAGCAGUAUUCAAGUAGAGACCUACCCUCUCAUACAAAGAUAAAAUACAGACAGACCACUCAGGAUGCCCCUGAAGAGGUUCGGAACCGUGACUUCAGGAGAGAAUUAGAAGAGAGAGAGAGAGUUGCUGCGAGAGAAAAGAAUAGAGAUCGUCCAACUCGAGAACAUACAACCUCCUCUUCAGUGUCAAAGAAGCCUCGGCUAGACCAGAUUCCUGCUGCCAACCUCGAUGCAGAUGAUCCUCUGACAGAUGAGGAAGAUGAAGAUGAAGAUUUUGAAGAGGAGAGUGAUGACGAUGAUACUGCAGCUCUUCUGGCAGAACUAGAAAAAAUUAAAAAAGAAAGAGCUGAAGAGCAAGCCAGGAAGGAACAAGAACAAAAAGCUGAAGAAGAAAGAAUUCGUAUGGAAAACAUUCUAAGUGGAAACCCUCUCCUUAAUCUCACUGGCCCAUCCCAGCCUCAGGCCAACUUCAAAGUUAAAAGAAGGUGGGAUGAUGAUGUUGUUUUCAAGAACUGUGCAAAAGGUGUGGAUGACCAGAAGAAAGACAAAAGAUUUGUUAACGAUACGCUGCGAUCUGAAUUUCACAAAAAGUUCAUGGAGAAAUAUAUUAAAUAGUACAGUUUUAUGUGCUUUAUUAAAGACUAUAAAAUGUAAAUGAUCAUUCUGACUUUA